AUGUUGUGCCUGAUGCGCCCUCCCGCGACGAGAGUUGCAAACUCUCGAUCAACGACGACGAGAAGAAAAUGGAAACGCAAAGACAAGCCUGGUUCGAGAAUGCCAUCAAAGACAAACUGAAGAUACCCAACAGCUACGAGGAAGUAUCUGUGCUCAUGGUACGAUGGCAUCCUGACAUCGAUGACUAUCGUGUCGGUCAUGACCAAGAGUGCUGACCUCGACACCCACCAGAUCAGGAAGCUUGAACAUGUAUUUCGACGCUUCGGGUUUUCUGUCGAUCCAGUCGUUUGCCUUAAUACAAAAGACGAGAAACCUCAAAACACCCUCAACUUGGCUAUCGCCCAACACAUAGCCAAACAUGAUGGAGCCAAUAACCUCAUGAUCAUAUACUAUACCGGACAUGGCCUUCAACUAGGUUCUGAUGGGAGAUUGGCGUUUGCUGCAACGACCGACGCACACAAGGUGAAGAGAGGUAAACACCACGCCAUUGCUUACUGGGACAUCGCCGAGGAACUGCUUUUCAAGAAAGGUGUAGAGCCAGACGUAUUCACAAUUCUGGACUGUUGCUUCGCAAGCAGAGGCCACAAAGGCUCUGAUGAUAGCCGCAGAAUAUAUGACUUACUCGCAGCGUGCGACAGGGACGAGACUACACCGGCUCCGUGUCCGACGUCGUUCACCGAACGUUUGGUCGCCACACUGGAAAAAUUCCUAAACGAUCCGGACGAUCAGAGCAUCUUGACGACUAAGCUCUUGGAAGAGAUAAAUAAGGAUUGCGACAGUCCUGCGUACCUAUUCGAUCGGUUGAAGAAGAAUGAUAACCGGCAUGUACAGCUGAAGCCACUCAGCGAGCAGACUACAGAGGAAGCCAAGGAGCUUGCGAUCAAGUUCAAAAAUCAACCGCCAGAAGAAGCGGGAGUCAGUCUGCGAUUCUCGUUGCAGAAACAGGACCUGUCAAAAAAGAAAAUUGAGGAAUGGGCUCAAGCGCUCAUAACCGCCUGCGAGACAGUUGUACCGCUACGGCGCAUCGAUUGGGUAAAGAUGGAAAAGAACAGUCCUGGUCAGCGGCUUCAACGCCUCGUUGACAUUGUCCAUCAGGCCAAGAAUAACCCAAGACAACGGUUUCGGAAAGCCAUCGAGACCGUUAUCGAAAACAACGAAACUGCUGCAAGGAGAGCAAACAAGCGGAGUCGAUCCGAGGAUCCCCUACCCGUUACAUCAAAGCGUCGAGCCUCAGGCAACCUGUUGACACCAUUCAUUGGGUUGAACCCCGGACCGAUGACACCGGAAAGCAAUGCGGGAUCGUAAAGUUACGUUUGGAGCAGUGUCCAGGGUAUGGCUGCAUAUCGUUCUCUGGUUUUGUGUGAUUGGUUAAAUCGUAUCGCCUCUCCUGUACUUUAGUCUUCCUUCUGUCCGAGAUACCCAACAAAUACUCAUUUACCGUCUAGCUGGUCACUCAGUGCGUGUGAGAGAUGUCUUUGCG